AUGUCGAUUGAAAGGCGGCCUGCGCCGUUAAGAGGUAGGUUACCAUCACGUAUCGAUAUUUUUGAAGAUAAUUUAAAGUUGGAUAUCAGAGCACACCAGAGGACUUAUGAAGGUGCAUACACAAGGACUGCCAUUGGGUGCUUCUCGUUUUCAAUAUUGAUUAUCAAGCUAUUUUCAAAGGAGUUUUUGCCAAUAGGAACAAUGUACACAGUGUAUGGGUGUAUUCUUUAUUUUAUCGGAGUUUACAAGUCAUUGCAUGUUGAUGUAUUCUACAAUCCAGAGAAAGACAUGGAAAUGUACAAGACAGGGGGCGAUUAUGUAUUGAUUUUAUCCAUAAUCAGUUUAUGCUGUUAUAUUGCUCUCUUGGUUCUUAUUUUAAAAAUGUGA